GUGGGGGGCGGCUGGGGGGAGGCCGCGGGGAGGAUCCCGACCGCUCUGCAGAUCCGGGGGGCGGAGCCGCGGGCCGGGCGGCGCGGGGUGUUCCCGGGGCGGGGCCCGACCGCGGCCAAAGGUUCCCCGAUUCACCCGCCCGCGCCCUGCCCCGCCCAGUUGCACCGCGAGCGCUGCAGAUACUCGGGGCGGCAGUCGGUCUGUCCGUCCUCCCGCCAGGUCCCGCGGCCCGCACCUGCCGCCCGCACCUGCCGCCCGCACCUGCCGCCCGCACCUGCCGCCCGCGCGGCCCGGCUCGAGCAUGGCUGACCAGGCGCCCUUCGACACGGACGUCAACACCCUGACCCGCUUCGUCAUGGAGGAGGGCAGGAAGGCCGGCGGCACGGGCGAGCUGACCCAGCUGCUCAACUCGCUCUGCACAGCCGUCAAAGCCAUCUCCUCCGCGGUGCGCAAGGCCGGCAUCGCGCACCUCUAUGGCAUUGCUGGUUCUACCAACGUGACAGGUGAUCAAGUUAAGAAGCUGGACGUCCUCUCCAACGACCUGGUUAUGAACAUGUUAAAGUCAUCCUUUGCCACGUGUGUUCUCGUGUCAGAAGAAGAUAAACACGCCAUCAUAGUGGAGCCAGAGAAAAGGGGUAAAUACGUGGUCUGUUUUGACCCCCUUGAUGGAUCUUCCAACAUCGAUUGCCUUGUGUCCAUUGGAACCAUUUUUGGCAUCUAUAGAAAGAAAUCAACUGAUGAGCCUUCCGAAAAGGAUGCUCUGCAGCCAGGCCGGAACCUGGUGGCGGCCGGCUACGCGCUGUAUGGCAGUGCCACCAUGCUGGUCCUUGCCAUGGACUGUGGGGUCAACUGCUUCAUGCUGGACCCGGCCAUCGGGGAGUUCAUUUUGGUGGACAAAGAUGUGAAGAUCAAAAAGAAAGGUAAAAUCUACAGCCUUAACGAGGGCUACGCCAAGGACUUUGACCCUGCUGUCACUGAGUACAUCCAGAGGAAGAAGUUCCCCCCAGAUAAUUCAGCCCCCUAUGGGGCCCGGUACGUGGGCUCCAUGGUGGCCGAUGUUCACCGCACUCUGGUCUACGGAGGGAUAUUUCUGUACCCCGCUAACAAGAAGAGCCCCAGUGGAAAGCUGAGACUGCUGUACGAAUGCAACCCCAUGGCCUACGUCAUGGAGAAGGCUGGGGGGAUAGCCACCACCGGGAAGGAGGCCGUGUUAGACGUCGUUCCCACAGACAUUCACCAGAGGGCGCCGGUGAUCUUGGGGUCCCCCGACGAUGUGCUGGAGUUCCUGGAGGUGUCUAAGAAGCACUCUGCCCAGUGAGCACCUACCCUGCCUGUCCCGGAGAACUGCCUCUGCCUGGGCCUGUUGCCUCCCACAGCAGCCCCCCGACCUGCUGUGCCCCUUACAUUCCUAGAGAGCGGAAAUAGAACGCAUGGCUGUUUCCACCGUCCAACGCUGUAGAAUGCCUGGCACUCCCUAACCAAGUGCUGUCUCCAUAACGCCACUGGUGGCAAGAUGCAGUUUGAGUGGAUGGAGGAGAAAUAAACUUAUUCCUCCCUA